CCUUGCUGCGGACGGGCAUUUUUCUUCGUUAUCAAAACCGUACUCUCCGAAUAUUUAAUUUGCAGAUUCCAUUAUCUUUAUCCAGAAAUCCCCUACAGUAUUAUACGAUAAUACCUGCCCGCGACGCAGUACCACCCUCUUCCCGCAUUCCCCCUUCACAUCCCACCAUGUCGCAACAACCACCUACCACCGCCGGCAGCAGCAUGUGGGGGAAAACAAAAACCUACGGCAAAAUGGGCUUCGAUAAAGCCUGGGGUGCACUCGACAAACUCGGUGGCCCCGUCAACCGUCUCAGUAACAAACUCGGUUCCGAAGCCUUCUGGCCCAUGACCCUCGACAAAGAAAGCGAGAAAGUUGCUCGCAUUCUUCGCAGUUUCUGCAAGGAUGGCGUGUACGUUGAUGAGACCGCCACGGAGGCUCCUCCCCCACCCGACGAGAAGAACGGAGCGAAGCCGAAGAUCGAUAAGCCGCGCGGACAGCAAAAGGUGCUCAAGAAGAUCCCCUCGGAUGUGAUUCGACAGGCAAAGGGAUUGGUUAUCUUUACGGCGAUGAGAACCGGGCUAUGGUUUAGUGGUGCUGGUGGCAGUGGGAUUCUGAUUUCGAGAAUUCCGGAGACGGGGGAGUGGAGUGCUCCGUCGGGGAUUCUGUUGCAUACCGCUGGGUUGGGGUUCUUGGUUGGUGCCGAUAUUUAUGACUGUGUUAUGGUCAUCAACACCUAUGAGGCUUUGGAGGCUUUCACCAAGAUCCGAGUCACCCUGGGUAGCGAGGUCACUGUCGCUGCGGGACCGGUUGGCAUGGGUGGUGUCUUGGAGUCGGAGGUGCACAAGCGACGGGCGCCCAUCUGGUCCUAUGUCAAGAGUCGCGGUUUCUAUGCAGGUGUGCAGAUUGACGGAUCAAUUGUCAUUGAGCGGACAGAUGAGAAUGAGAGGUUCUAUGGCCGCAAGAUUCCUGCUAAAGAGAUCAUAGCCGGUCAGGCGCGGACUAACAACCCGUCCGUGCGCAUGUUGACGCACACCAUCCAUUCCGCGCAGGGAGAUGCGAACUUCGAUCAAGCUCCCGCUGGUGUGCAGAUGCCGACGGGCCCAAGUCCUAGCGAUUAUGCUCCUGAAGAUCUUCAGCACACUCCCAUGGUGCAGACUGGGGCGGCCCCGCCGGAGGGCGCGCAAUAUCAGCAGCACCAGCAAUACCCUCCCCUGGGUGGCCACUAUCAACAAUUUCAGCAAUACUCCCCAGCUCCAAGUGCUCAGCCUCAACAAUAUCAGCAAUAUAAUCCGGGUCCAGCUGGCCAGCCACAGGAAUAUCAUCAGGGCCAAGGGGUUCAAUCUCAACCUCCGCAGCAUAACCCGGCAGCAGCUGGUCAAUAUCAGCAACCUCAGCAAUACCCGGCUCCAGGGGGUCAACACCCACAAUCCCAGCAAUACGAUCAGGGGUCAGGUGCUGCAGACUCAUAUUAUAGACAGUGAUAUCAUUGUUGUAACGGCAUAACUUGACAUGAAAAUAUAACUUAAACAAAUGAAUAAUCAAAUCCAC